AUGGGGGACCCGAAUUUAUCAUCGUACUUUUCGUCUGACAUGAAAGAGUUGUACAAGAUUAAAGACCUUUCUAUAUCUCCAGGGCGGCGAAAAAACAACGACAAAUCGUUGAAAUCAAGUUCCAGGCAAGUCUUACCUAGAAAACAUGCACUUUGCAUGCCAGAUAGUAAAGGAAGCACUCUGGAGCUACCCCCGAAAUCAAAAUCAUUUCUACGGAAGAAAGAGACCGAAGAAAAUAUCCUUAAAACGCAGGUUGGAAAAUCAACCCAUCUGUGGGAAAAGUAUGUGUUAGGACUCAUUAGCAAACAGACAGCUCAGUGGAUAGCUAAUCAGUGCUCCACUGGCGAGCAGCGAGGGAGAUUGAUAGCUUUUUUGGAUGAGAAGUACGAAAUCAAAGAUCUCGAGAAAAAUGGAGCAGCCACAGUGAACAAAAUAUUGUCCAUUGACGAUGACGCAAUCACGUUUCCCAAAAAAGAAAAGUUUAAUCCUCAGACUGCAUUUGAAAAUCUGCGUAGCGAUACAUAA